UCCUCCUUAGACAAGAUGUCUCACCAGAAAAAGCAGCCCACCCCCUACCCUCCAGUGGUUUGCAAGACCUCUGGCGGUGGAGGCGGCGGUGGCUCCGGCUGCGGCGGCGGUGGAGGCGGAGGCUCUAGCUGCGGGGGCGGCGGGGGCUCCGGAGGAGCCAUCAAGUACUCAGGUGGCGGCGGCGGCGGCGGCGGCUCCAGCUGCGGGGGCGGCGGUGGCUCCGGAGGAGGCGUCAAGUACUCUGGCGGCGGUGGCUCCAGCUGCGGCGGCGGUGGAGGCGGAGGCUCUAGCUGUGGGGGCUGCUACUCCAGCGGCGGCGGCUCGGGCUGCGGAGGCGGCGGUGGCUCCGGAGGAGCCGUCAAGUACUCAGGUGGCGGCGGGGGCGGCUCCAGCUGCGUGGUCGGCUACUCCGGCGGCGGCGGCUCCGGCUGCGGAGGCGGCGGUGGCUCCGGAGGAGGAGUUAAGUACUCAAGUGGCGGCGGCGGCUCCUCCGGGGGCGGCAGCUGUGGCUACUCGGGCGGCGGCGGCUCCGACUGCGGCGGCGGCUCCGGGGGCGGUGGCGGCUCCAGCUGUGGCGGCGGCUCUUCCGGCCAGUGUUACCAGACCUACGGCAGCGGCUCUUCCGGGGGCGACAUCUGCUACUCCUCAGGCGGUGGCUCCAGCUGUGGCGGCGGCUCCGGGGGCGGGGGCGGCUCCAGCUGUGGCGGCGGCUCUUCCGGCCAGUGUUACCAGACCUACGGCAGCGGCUCUUCCGGGGGCGACAUCUGCUACUCCUCAGGCGGUGGCUCCAGCUGUGGCGGCGGCUCCGGGGGCGGGGGCGGCUCCAGCUGCGGCGGCGGCGGCUCUUCCGGCCAGGUCUACCAAUGCCAGAGCUCCGGCGGUGGCUCCUCCGGCGGCGGUUCCGGUUGCGGAGGCGGCUACUCCGGUGGCGGCUCUAGCUGCGGCGGCGGCUCCUCCGGCCAGAGUUACCAGUGCCAGAGCUACGGCGGCUCCUCCGGGGGCGGUUCUGGUUGCGGCGGUGGCUCCGGAGGUGGCGGCUCCAGCUGCGGCGGGGGCUCCUCUGGCCAGCACUACCAGUGCCAGAGCUACGCCGUCGGCUCCUCCGGAGGUGGCUCGAGCUGUGGUGGGGGCUCCUCCGGGGGCGGCGGCGGCUCGAGCUGCGGAGGUGGCUCUGGCGGCGGCUCUGGGGGUGGCAAGGGCGUCCCAGUCUGUCACCAGACCCAGCAGAAGCAGCCGCCAACCUGGCCAUGCAAAUAAGGCCCCAUGGAUGCCGCGGAGAAAAAGGAGCUGGAGUUAUUCUCCGUGGGCGCCGAUGGGCUUAAUGUUCUCAAGGUAGUGCCCAAGGUUUCCAAAUUUUUCAUGUCUCCAUCCACCUAGAAGAAUCCAUCGAGUUCUCGGACUGCAUCUCGUUCUGCAGUUUUUCCUUACUGGUUUCUG